UAUCGCCGACGUCACUCAGCCUUCUACUUUCUCUACUUCCUCUACCUCUUCUCCAUCUUCACUACUCACCACCUCUACUUCAACAAACACACACAAUGGGAGACCAAGACUGGGACAGCGUCACCUACAUCGGCCAGAAAGCAACCGCCCGCAGCGCCUCCGCCGCCCGCUCAAACGCGCAGAUCAACGCCGCCCGACGCACCGGCGCCGUCGUCUCGACCGACAAGAAAUACGGCGCGGGCUCGAACCGGACCUCCGGCACAGAAGGCCAGCGGCUGGCCAAGAUCGACCGCGAGAACGAGGUCGCGCCGCCGCCGAAGAUCGAUCUCGGCGUCGGAAAGGCGAUCUCGAAAGCGAGACUGGAAAAGUCGCUCACGCAGAAGGAUCUGGCGGUGAAAGUCAACGAGAAGGCGAAUAUUAUCAACGACUAUGAAAUGGGUCGGGCGGUGCCGAAUCAGCAGCUGCUUGGAAAGCUGGAGCGCGUGCUCGGCGUCAAGCUGAGAGGAAAGGAUAUCGGAUCGCCACUCGGUGGACCGAAGAAGAAAUAAACGACAGCAUACACGAAAUACAUAGCAGAAAAAGAGGAGUUGGAGUAAACUGAAAAAAACCCGGAGACAAGACAAGUCUCAUCGUCAAAAGAUGGUUGCUCUGUCAUGGGUAUUCAUAACGAAACGAAAAGAUCUCUGUGUAUAUUGUACAUGCACUCUUGGUAUUGUCUCAUUACUUCUCAUUCGCUAUACAUAUUGCCCUUACACUAUUUUUG